AUGGCCCUUCGUCAGAGACUCACCAAGCCACUGGUGGUUGACCCCGCCGAGGACCAUUCACAUACCGUUGUCUUCCUCCACCGCUUCCCGGAGUCGACCACCGACCAAGAGCUUCACAGCAAGGUACUCUCCGAGAAGCUGACCAGGAACCACAAGACGCUUCGCGAGCAGUUCCAAACUGUGCGCUGGGUUUUCCCCUUCUGCAAGGCACAUGCAAGACCCUGGAACAAUCUCUCAGCGGAAGAUAGACUCGCCGUCGGGAUGACUCUGGGCAGCCUGCCAUAUGUCACCCAGAUCGUCCUGCAGGAGGCGGAACGCGCAGGAGGACUGGAUCGAAUCAUCCUCGGCGGUCAAGGGGAGACUGCUGAGGCAGCUCACGAGGCGAUGUCCUCGUUUCUCGAGGCCAAGGCCAGCGCUUACGACAACGAGGAGGAGUUGGCCGCUUUCAUGUGGGAGAACUUCACCCUGACCUCGGCCGCUCUGGGUGAUUUGAAACUUGCCGGAUUCGUCGGAAUGCACGCACAAGAUGGUCAACUCACUCGUGACGUCAAAAACUUCGGAAUGAUGUCCAAGGGCAUCCCCACAAAGCAGAGGAUCAACGCAACCAUCAUCAAGAACACGCCCCACAAGUUCAUCCACGGAGGCUACAAGCUGCAGACAGCUACGUGGGAUGGAAAGCGUAUUGACGAUUUCGCCGCCUUUCUCUCGAGCCUCGGAGUCGACCGGAUCGCCGAUAGCAACCAGGGACGAGGCAGCAACGAGACGCUGACGCCAAAAGAGCGGCCGGACCCAGCAGUUAUGAAGGGCAAGAGGAUCGAUGGCAAGGAUGAGCUGAAUGACAUGCAGAAGCAUGCCCUCCAGGUGGCAAAGGAGAAGAAGGCGAAAGACGAGCAGAAGCAGAAGGCGCUGCGCCGCAUCGAGGCCGACAAGGUCGAGCGGAAGAUCCGCCAGGAGCGGGAGAGGCAGAAGCGGCUCCACGGCGGAAGUACGGCGCGGCCAACGGGAUCUACGAAUCUCCUUGGAGGGGGUUCCGCCGCCGAGUCGAUACCUGAGCCGUACCCGAACCAGCUCACCCCGGCGAUGCCUGGAUCAUUCCCACAUCGAGACUCGCUCGAGCUGAUCGAUGACGAGCCGCCGUACAGCGGUCAUUCCGCCGAUGAGGACGAUGACAUGCUAGACGACGAGGAUGAUGACGGGCUAGACAAUGAUACGUUCGAGCCGCCCAGGAAGAGGAAGGCGAGACGUGAGCAGGGAAGACCGAUCGGUGGAGGCUCGACAUGGGGAGCACAGAGCCAAGUCAGAGGGGAGAUGAGUGAGGCCCAGAUGGCGGCACUCGGUUUGAGCCAGGUCGAGGACAAGAAUGAGAGUUGA